AUGGGCUGGUUCUCGCGAGCAUCGGAUGAUUCUGGGGUGAAGAAGACAUCAGGUGGCGCAUUCGAAUCUCCGUCAAGAUCAAAUCGAAAGCAAUGCUAUGCAGCACGCGAUGCCUUCUUCGAGUGCCUCGACAAGAACAACGUGCUGGAUAGUAUCAAUACAAAGAGUGGGAGAGAAAAGGCUGCGACUUUCUGCGGAAAAUUGGACAAGGAAUUCGAGAAGAAUUGUGCGCACAGUUGGGUUGAGUACUUCAAGAAGCAAAGAGUGGUCAACUACCAAAGAGAACAGACGAUAAAAAAGAUUGAGCAACAAGGAGGCGAGAUCACCGCGCCACAGUUACCUCUGCCUGGAUCCAAGUGA